CAGCACAGCUAAAAGGAGUCAAAAUGCUUUGGCGUCGACUCUCUCCACAACCUGCGCUCCCUUUCUCUCUCUAAAAAGGGUUCCCGAUCCCGUGGCCCCCGAAACCCUAGCUGCGGGCGCGGAGUAACUCGACCUCGGCCCCGCACGGAGCCCUAGUUUUCUCUUGCGGAGGAUCGCGAGAGAUACCGGGGAAGUUGUUAUCUGUUCAGUGUUGAAAGAAUAAUUCUUAUAGCUGCUGCAGUUAUUGUGCUCUCGGCACCUGUUGUUUAUGGGUAGUGACCCGCGGAGCUGAUAGCGAUUUGCUUGCAAGAGGCUGUUCACGGCGGAGGUCAACCAUUAUACUGUACUUUCGUUGGUGAUACACUGAGGAAGUUGUCACUGCGUGUUGUAUUGAUACUGAUUUUCUGUAGAAAAGGUCGAUAGUUCAUAUUGAAGACUGUGCAUGUUAUUUUACUUUCGGGGCUUUUGGUAAUUUGGUGGCACUGAGUUUGAGAUUAGCUACUGUUCUUUCCACCCAAUGUUGGUUCCUGAUCUGACGACUCGUGCUCAGACCUAAUGGUGAAUCAGUUUUUACGGGGCAUGAAUAUGGACGCUCCAGAUUGGUGUUGAUGUUUGGGGCAGUAUGCCAGUAACUGUGGGAAGAAAUGCAAAGAUACUCUGCUUCCAGCUGUGGUUCUGGAGUUAGUAAUAGUGCAGUAGGUGCGGCAUCUGGAAGGGAAAAUGCUAGGGCAGACUCGCCUUUUGCAUCAUCAAAUUUUCCCCCUAAUACAAGGCGGCAGCCACAGCUAGCUCCUUACAAGCUAAAGUGCGAAAAAGAGCCACUUAAUAGCAGACUUGGCCCACCUGACUUCUAUCCGCAAACUCCAACUUGUCCGGAAGAGACGCUAACUAGAGAAUACCUACAAUCAGGUUAUAAGGAGUCUGUUGAAGGAAUUGAGGAAGUCAGAGAGAUUAUAUUGAGUCAAGUUGGGUAUUUCAUCAAGCCUGAGGUCACAUUAAGAUGCAAAGAGGCUAUACGGAAACGCUUUAGGGCUAUCAACGAAUCACGUGCUCAGAAGAGGAAGGCUGGCCAGGUUUAUGGAGUACCUCUUUCUGGAUCAUUGCUGAUAAAGCCUGGUGUCUUCCCCGAGCAAAGACCAUGCGGUGAAGAUUUCCGCAGGAAAUGGAUUGAGGCUUUAUCACAGCAGCAUAAACGGUUACGUUCGCUAUCUGAGCAUGUUCCUCAUGGUUACAGAAGGAAAUCACUCUUUGACGUUCUUAUUCGCCAUAAUGUUCCAUUGUUAAGAGCAACAUGGUUUAUCAAAGUUAGUUAUCUUAAUCAGGUACGGCCGGCUUCAACCAGUGUUUCAUCUGGGGCUCCAGAUAAGGCACAAGCAACUCGGACUGAGCAGUGGACUAAGGAUAUUACAGAUUACCUUCAACAGCUGCUGGAUGAGUUUUUAUCGAAAGAUGGCUCUGCCGUACCUUUAUCCGGUAGAGAUCAAUCGUCACCAGGUCUUAUGGGUCAACCUCCUUCAGCAAAACACAGAGCUGAAUCUUCUCCAGUUAUUUCAGAAGUAGAGGAUACUUCUUUUCUUUUCAGAUGGUGGUAUGUGGUGCGCCUUCUGCAAUGGCAUUUUGCAGAAGGAUUGGUUCUCCCCUCUCUUGUUAUUGAAUGGGUCUUUGCUCAGCUUCAGGAGAAGGAUUCAGUUGACGCCUUAGAACUGCUUUUGCCUAUUGUACUAAGCAUGAUAGAGAGCAUUUCCCUCUCACAAACGUAUGCACGCACGUUUGUGGAAAUAACUAUUCGAAACCUCAGUGAUCUUUCUUCUGGCAAUUUGAGUUUAAUCAGUAGUUCAAAGAAGACGUCUGUAGCUUCCACUCUAGUGGAAAUGCUGCGGUACAUGAUACUUUCUGUGCCCGACACUUUUGUUUCAUUGGACUGCUUUCCUCUUCCAUCCCAUGUUGCCCCUGAUAUAUAUGGUAGAAGUAACAUAGAGGCUGUUCACUUUGAGACCCGUGAUGCUUAUGUUCGGUAUUUGUCCUGUGGACAUGCUGUUUCCUGUAUUCAAAGACGGGCUUCUAAUCUUGGAAAGAUUGUAAGCCCUAACCUUCAAGGUAGCAGUGCAGCUAAAGUUGUUCAAACUCUGGAUAAAGCUCUGACUAUGGGCAGCAUGACAUUGGCAUACAGUUCUCUUUUUGAAGAUUUAUCUGAUCCUGCCAUGGAAGAAAGAUGGAUUGCUGAAGUCAGCCCUUGUUUACGAGCUUCUUUAAUGUGGAUUGGGACCAUCGAGUUGUCCCUGAUUUGCUCGAUAUUUUUUCUUUGUGAAUGGGCUACAUGUGAUUAUCGAGAUACGCGCACCACCCCGUCGCAGAAUGUUAAAUUUACAGGAAGGAAAGAUUUUUCUCAAAUAUAUGUUGCAGUCUUGCUAUUAAAGAAUAAAGUGCAAGAGAUGCACAGCCAAUUGACUUCGAAGAAUAGUGCUCCAUUGGUAAUUCGUAACAGUGGGAGAAGUGCUUCUCUGAAUGACACUUCAUUGCAGGCAGCGGUGGUGGAAAAUCCUUCUUUUAUUAGAAGUUGUACAAAGAUCUUGGAUGAGAAAAGAAUUAAUAAAAAGGAUAUCUUCCAGAGCCCUGGUCCAUUUCACGAUAUCAUUGUUUGCUGGCUUGAUCAGCAUGAGAUUUGUGAUUCUGGAGGACUGAAGCGUGUUGAAGUUCUUAUUUUGGAGCUUAUUCGUAGUGGAAUCUUUCAUCCUCAAGUGUAUGUCAGGCAGCUUAUAGUUAGUGGAAUUAUGGAUAGAAACGAUACUCAACUUGAUCUGGAAAGAAAGAGAAGACAUCACAAAAUCUUGAAGCAACUUCCAGCUUCUUGCUUAUUUGAUAUACUAGAAGAAGCUAGAAUAGCUGAAGCUCAACUUCUACAUGAGGUUGUUGCAGUCUACUCUACUGAGCGGAGACUUGUGCUUCGCGAACUUUCCGAUGGUCAGUCCAAUUAUGUGAGUAAUAGAAGUGAGAGGAACUCUUCUGGUCAAAAGCAAAAUGAUCAUCAAGCUGGUACUAGGGAUGUUAAGCAUGGCAGGACAAAGGAACAAGUUGCACAAGUGAAAACUUUGAUUUCAAAUUUACUGAGAUUUCCAUAUUCUUCUUCCUUGCCAAUUGAAGCACGGUCAGAUGAAUCCAAGGGGAGCGUCAAGCGGCCAAUAAACUCAUCAGAUAUAAAAGUCGAUUUUGCAGAAGGGAGACCUGGAUGUGAGGAAUGUAAAGGUUCAAAGAGGCAAAAGUUAGAUGAAAGAAGUUCUUUCCAAGGAAUACUGUUGAAUCAGUCAGAUGAUGAGGAUAGUUGGUGGGUAAGGAAGGGGCCCAAGUUCCCAGAGUCAUUUAAGGUAGAGCCACCGCAGAAAACAACUAAACAAUCCUCAAGAGGCAGGCAAAAAAUUGUGCGGAAAACCCAAAGUCUGGCACAGUUGGCAGCUGCUCGGAUUGAAAGUAGUCAAGGGGCAUCUACUAGUCAUGUAUGCGAUAAUAAAGUGAGCUGUCCCCACCAUAAAUCUGUUGGUGAAGGUGAAAUUUCCAAAGAUUUUGAACGGGGGAAAGUACAAAGUCCAGUUGAUGUUGGAAAAGCUAUAAAACGGCUUAGGAUGGUUGAGAAGAGGUCUGUCGCACUUUGGUUGCUGAAAUCAGUACGGCAACUUGUUGAAGGAAAUGAGAAGGCAGCUUCAAAAGCUAGUGUUACGAGUGUCUUUUCUGCGUCAACUGAUGAUAGGAAUGCUGUAAGAUGGCGCCUAGGAGAAGAUGAACUGUUGUCAGUUCUCUAUAUUUUUGACAUAUGUUGUGACUUUGUCUCUGCAGUCAGGUUUCUCAUAUGGUUGUUAGCUAAGACCCUUAGUGGAGUAAGCAAUCCUACUCAAGUUGGGAGAAAUAUUAUGCUGCCCAAGAAUAGAGAAAGCCUGAUUUGCCAUGUUGGGGAAGCAUUUCUUCUGUCAUCCCUUCAAAGGUAUGAGAAUGUGCUUGUCGCUACAGAUCUUUUGCCUGAAGCUCUUACUGCCAUAAUGCCCAAAAGCACCAACAUGAUAGUUGGAAGGGUUUACGGUUCAGUGGCUUUUUCUUAUGGUCGAAACUUGUUGAAGAAAUACAAAGAUUUAGUCAGUGUGGUAAGGUGGGAAAAGAACUAUAGAGCUUCAGGUGAUCAGAAACUGCUUGCUGAACUUGAUGCCGGUCGAUCAGUUGAUGGUGAUUCAGUAUUUAGUUCUGGAGCCUCAGCAGGAGGAGAAGAAAUCGACGAGCAUAUACGUCAGAAAUUAAGUGGGAGAAUGCCAAGAACAGUUACAAACAUGAAAGAGAUAGUACAGCGACAUGUUGAGGAAGCUUUACACCAUUUUUAUGGGAAAGAAAGGAAAAAUAUAGCUACUGCUCCCAGGACCCCCCCGGAGAAAUGGGAAGAUAGUUACCAAAUAGCCCAUGAUAUUGUUAUGGGUUUACUUGACUGUAUCAGGCAGAAUGCUGGUGCAACUCCAGAUGGCGAUCCCUCAGUGGUGGCAUCUGCUGUUGCUGCCAUUGUUGGCAAUGUUGGUCUUGCUGUUGCAAAACUUCCAGAUUUCUCAUGCAGUAACUACCAAAAUCUUCCUUCCUCUAUCAAAAAUUCAUUAAAUUGUGCUCGCCACAUCUUAAGUAUCCACAUAGUCUCUCUUUGCCUUCUCAAGGAAGCUCUUGGAGAACGCUAUAGUCGAAUAAUCGAGAUUGCUUUGGCUGUUGAAGCUUCUUCAGCUGUUUCAGUAGCUUUUGCUCCUCCAAGGGGACAUCGCAGUCAAUUUCAAGUGUCCCCUGAGGCUCAUGAUAUAUAUGGGAACCAUUCAAGUGAGGUUUUGAAUAACUCGCAAAAGGGCUUUGGUGGAAGGGCUACAAAAGCUGCAGCAGCUGUGUCUGCACUUGUUGUGGGGGCUCUCAUUCAUGGGAUCAUUAGCCUGGAAAGGAUGAUUGUAGUUUUCAAGCUAAAGGAGGGCUUGGAUAUUUUGCAAUUUAUGAGGAAUGCUAGGUCCAGUUCUAAUGGUAUGUCUCGUUCUGUGGGCACUUUUAAGCCAGAAAAUUGCAUAGAAUUAUAUGUACAUUGGUUUAGGCUCCUAGUUGGGAAUUGCAGAACAGUACUUGAUGGAUUAGUUGGAGAGAUUCUGGGUGAAUCCUAUAUCCUUGCUCUUUCAAGAAUUCAGCGCAUGCUUCCACUGAGUUUGGUUUUCCCUCCUGCUUAUGCUAUAUUUGGAAUGGUCAUAUGGAGACCAUAUAUUCUUAAUAGCAAUGUUAUAAUGCGUGAAGAUAUCCCGGUUUAUCAGUAUCUAUCAUUGGCCAUUGGUGAAGCCAUUAGGCAUCAGCCUUUUCGCGAUGUCUGUUUUCGAAAUUCUUAUACCUUUUAUGACCUCCUAGCUAAUGACAUUGGUGAUUCUGAGUUUGCUGCGAUGCUUGAAUUGCAGAGUCCUGAUAAACAUUUGAAAACAAUGGCAUUUAUUCCUCUUCGUGCGAGGCUGUUUCUAAAUGCUCUCAUUGAUUGCAAAAUGCCGGCAUCCACAAUUAUGAAGGAAGAUGGGUCUUGGGUUUCAGAAUCUGGUGAGCUGAGAUCAAACACCGAAAGUGAGGCAAAGCUUUUGGAGCGACUUCUGCAAAUUUUGGAUACCUUGCAACCUGCAAAGUUUCAUUGGCAAUGGGUGGAAUUAAGACUUCUUUUGAAUGAACAAGCUCUUGUUGAAAAAAUAGAGACCCAGAACAUGUCAUUCGUAGAUGCAAUUAGAUCCCUAUCACCUAAUGCUGAAAAUUUUGCACUUACUGAAAGUGAAAAACGGUUCACUGAAAUUGUUCUGUCCAGAAUACUUGUUAGACCUGAUGCUGCGCCUCUUUACUCAGAAGUUGUUCACCUUAUUGGGAAGCUGCUUCAGGAGUCUCUGGUGAUGGAUACCAAAUGGUUUUUAGCUGGACAUGAUGUUCUUCUGGGUCGUAAAUCCAUUAGGCAGCAACUUCUAUUCGUAGCUCAAAGGAAGGGACUUCCUACAAAAGCUCAGUUUUGGAAACCAUGGGGUUGGUCUUCAUUGGGAGAAGCUGUAGCUAAUAGAGGUGAGAAGAGAAAGUUGGAAGCUAUCGCUAUUGAGGAAGGAGAAGUUGUGGAUGAAUGCAUCGAUCAUAAAAAGUUGGGCAAAAUGAACUCUCAAACGGUGGAUUCUGAAGGAGUCGGUUCUAUUUACCAGCAUAUAACUGAGAAAGCUUUUGCAGAACUAAUAUUGCCAUGUAUAGACAGGAGUUCUAGUGAACUGCGCAAUUUGUUUGCCACUGAGUUGAUCAAGCAGAUGGGCGUAAUCGAGCAACACAUUAGUACAAUAACCCGUAAUGGUAUGAAACAGGCUGGUGUGGCUUCUGUAGGAGUUGAAGGAACUUCUAACAAAGCCAAUAGUCGAAAAGGAAUGCGAGGUGGUGGAAGCCCUGUUUUAGGCCGGCGACCUACAGCAGUUAGUGAUUCUGUGCCGCCUUCUGCAGUGGCAUUAAGAGCAUCUCUCUCAUUGCGCUUGCAAUUUCUUAUAAGGUUGCUUCCAGUUAUUUUUGCAGACAGGGAACCAUCGGCACGGAACAUGAGGCAAGCGCUUGCCUCUAUCAUACUUCGUUUGCUUGGUUCUCGAGUUGUAUAUGAGGAUGCAGACCUCUCUCUUCCUCCUCCCAACCCAAGUGCAUUAAAAUGGGAUGCAGAGUCCUCCAUGGAUGCUUGUGUUACCUCUUUGUUUGAUCGUCCUGGCGAAAGCCUCUUCGAGAGGCUCUUGUCCAUCUUCCAUGCUUUGCUCAGUAGCUGCAAACCAAGCUGGCUGAAGCCCAAGUCUGCCCCCAAGUCAACCGUUAAAUCUCCCCGAGAUUUUCCUGCGUUUGAUCGUGAGGCAGCAGAGAGCAUACAGAUGCUGCAGUCUGACUUGGACCGCAUGGAGUUGCCACUGACAAUCAAACGGCGUAUCCAAUCCGCGAUGCCAUUCCUCCCACCUUCUCUUCCUUCGUCUAUUCCAUGCCACCCUCCUAUACUGCCCCCAUCAGCACUCUCACCGCUUCAGUCGACUAUGCUCGCUCCAGCGCCGCAACAAAGAACUGCGCAGGCGUCGCGGGUUCCAACCAACCUAUCGGGCCGAAGCAAGGCAUUGCCAUCCCUGGACCCAGACAUGGAAAUCGACCCGUGGACGCUGCUCGAAGACGGUACAGUUUCUGCUUCUACCUCUAGCAGUGGUGGUAACGGCAGCAUGGGGGGUGUCAGUGUGGAUCAUGCCAAUUUCAAAGCUUGUAGCUGGCUUAAGGGAGCCAUUAGGGUUAGAAGAACCGAUCUUACUUACACGGGAGCUCUCGAUGAUGAUAGCUGACCUUUGUACAUUCAUUUUGUUCAACAGAAGACAAGCGGCAAACUCAUUGAAUGGGCUUCUGUCAAAUGAGAGGCAUUUUUCGUCUCUUAUUGUGAUACAUGAGGGGGUUUUGUAUCGAGAAAAGGGUGCUGAGUUGGAUAAAACUAGCACCCUCGUGAAAACCCCCUUAUUUUGCCGCCAUGACCUACAUAAGCGCUGUUGUAUAUAGAAAACAUUUUUAUUGAUUCCUCGAUCGAGAUGAGUCGAGUUUCGGUGCGAGGAAUGGUUUGCAGCUCGGUAAGUUCCGGUCUUUUCAUCAGGAUGUACUACUAAAGGGAAGGAAAAUCUCCACGACUCUGAUGGGAAACAUAUGUUGCAUCAGCAAGAACAAUUCCGAAAAUGAUUUAAAUGAGUUUAGGGACUGACAAAAUUGUUGCUUCUCAAAGUGUAUUCUACAGUUUGCUGCUUACAGCUGCUCUUUGGCUCUCAUUUUGCCUCUUCUUACUCGAUUCGCUUGAGCUGCCACUAAGCUUCGCAUGCUGUUUCUAUAUUAUUUUCAAAUCCUUUAAAAGGUCAUUCCUUUUAGUGUUUAAUUCUUGCGCGAUUUUUUAUUGCCGCUGCUGCUUUCUCCUUUUUCUUUUUUUUCUAUUUUUCAUAACUGCAGAACUUAAUGUUUGAUAUAAUUUUAGUUGUCAACGUGUGUUACUUUCUUUUUGGUCCA